GAGGGAAAGGAUUCAUGUUCACAGUCUCUGACAUUCAGGCUGGAGUUGUUCACUACCAUCAUGAUGACAGUGAUUCUACUAAGGACUUUGUGGUAUUUAGGAUUUUCGAUGGCCUCCACAGUAUUCGGCAUAAGUUUCCAAUCAAUAUCCUCCCUAAAGAUGACAGCCCUCCAUUUCUUAUCAGCAAUAUGGUCAUUGAAGUUUAUGAGGGACAGAUGAUCCUGAUUCAGGGCUCCAUGCUCCAUGCUUCUGACAUGGAUUCCAGCGAUGAUUACAUACUAUUCAAUAUUACCAAGCCACCACAGGCUGGAGAAAUCAUGAAGAAACCAGGACCAAACUUGAUAGGGUAUUCUGUCAGCAGUUUUCUUCAGAGGGAUCUAUUUAAUGGAAUAAUUUAUUAUCAUCAUUUGGGAGGAGAAAUAUUUGAAGAUUCCCUUGAAUUUGUGCUGUGUGAUAGCCAUGACCCUCCCAAUCUCUCAAAGCCACAGGUGAUGAUGGUGCACAUUAUCCCUGUGGACGACCAGCUACCAAGAGAAGCCCCAGGUGUGACCCGUCACCUGGUUGUUAAGGAGACUGAGAUUGCUCACCUAACAAAGAAACAUCUCCAUUUCAUAGAUGUGGAAGAGCAAGACAGGGAACUCACAUACACCAUAACUACUUCCCCAUUUUUCUCUUGCACGCACGGCCACUCAGAUGCUGGGAAGCUGUUUAUGGUGGACACCAUCCCCAAGCUGGUCAAGGAUCCUGCUGCUCUUGCACUGUGGUCAUUUACUCAGCAUGCUGUGAACUAUAUGAAAGUUGCCUACAUGCCGCCACUGCAGGACAUUGGGCCUGAGCCUCAGCAAGUCCAGUUUAUUUUUUCCAUCAGCAAUCAGCAUGGUGGCACUUUGUAUGGGAUCUGCUUCAAUAUUACAAUUCUUCCUGUGGAUAAUCAAGCCCCAGAGGUUUUUACAAGCCAUCUGAGAGUGGAAGAGGGUGGCCUGAGCCCUGUCACAGAGGGACACAUUCUCAUCUCUGACGUGGACACGAAACGGGAGCAUCUCCUCCUCCUCCUGCAGAGACAGCCUCAGCAUGGGGCGGUGGAGCUGGACGGCAUUCCCAUGAAUGAAGGCGACAGGCUUUCCUGGGGGCACCUGCACACCCUGGCAGUCAGGUAUCGGCAUGAUGGCUCUGAGACACUCACUGAUGAUGUCCUUUUUGCAGCCACAGAUGGCAUCCACUUUGUAGAGUUCAUUCUGCAGAUCAAGGUGUUGCCUGUGAAUGAUGAACCACCUGUUAUGCGAACAGGCCUUGUUCCCGUGCUCCACUGCCUGGAGGGUGAAGAAGCGAUCCUCUCCUCAAAGUACAUUUAUGCCACAGACGCAGACAGUGAUGACAUGAAACUGAUGUUUACACUGGCUCGCCAGCCCUACCACGGGGUAGUGAGGAAAGCUGGCAUCGCUGUGGAUCGUUUCUCCCAAGCUGAUGUCAUCUCUGGUUUCGUCACGUAUAAGCACACUAGUGGGGAGAUUGGCCUGACUGCUUUCACUGACAUCUUAACCUUCAUUGUCUCUGAUGGUGAGGCUGGCCUAGAUGUGAAAGACUGCUGUUAUGAUGGACCUCUUCCUCCUCCAGUUCCUCUUCAUGAUCCAUUUCCAGUAUACGACCUUAACAUCACUAUACUUCCAGUGGACAACCAGCCUCCAUCAAUUGCAACCGGUGCAAGGUUUGUGGUGGAGGAGGGCUCCUCAGCAGCCCUUACCACCAACCAUUUGUUUGCCACUGACCCUGACACCACUGCAGAUGACUUAGAGUUUGUUUUGGUUUCUCCUCCCCAGUUUGGUUACAUUGAAAAUAUACUGCCUUCUCCUGGGUUUGAGAAGAGCAACAUUGGUAUAAGUAUUGCUUCAUUUCAGCUGAAGCACCUGAAAGCCCUGAACAUAAACUAUGUACAAGCCAGGCACGCGCGAAUGGAGCCAACAGCAGAUCACUUUGUACUUUAUGUCACUGAUGGGCUGCAUCGCUCAGCAGAGACUCCAUUUUUCGUGCUGAUCAACCCAACCAAUGAUGAAGUCCCAGAAUUCAUAGCAAGGAAUAUUACU